AUCACAUCAAGUGACAUUGCCCAUUACAUAUUCCACCCGCAUUACAUUCUGCUCAGAAACAACAUCAAUAUAAUAGGAUGACACUCCCUACAGAUUCCCUGACCGAAAUGUAACAUGAAUCGGAAUUCUCCACCCAAUUACAUUGAGUCGUCUGUCAAAGAAUCUGUCGACACCAUCUUGGCUUUAAUCAGGUACAUCGAAGAGCUACCGAAAACUGCUUGUGGCGAGACAUUGCUACAUCCCGUCCUCACCCCGCGUUUCGCCAUCUCAUGUACUGAGGAACUCUUGACGCGUCUCAGUGAAAUCGCGCAGAAGAAUCCAAUGCUCGCCAUUCAGACGCACAUCUCAGAGAAUAAACCCGAAGUUAAACUGGUUAAACGCUUGUUCAAGACUAACAGUCAUGCAGAGACCUAUGACAUGUUUCAUUUACUUCGCGAUAAUACUGUUUUGGCACACGGCGUCCAACUCACUGCGACGUGGUUCGGAGGUGGCACAUUGCCCGACGAGCCACUCCUAUUUGAGUAGUAGCAUGGCAAGAGUUGGCAUGCUCCUGGAUCAUGAUGUGAAGGUUGGAUUGGGCAUAGAUGUCUCUUAGCAUACGCAUUGCACCGCAGAUAACAGGGCAGGACAUACAAAAUCUCUGUAACAAGAAUUUCCUCACGGGUACCCAAACCGUGUCCACAGGACCACAAGGGCAUC